AAAUUCAGACAGCCAGAUCCCCACAAGAAAUUAAAAUUUAAAAAAAAAAAGGAAAAAGAAAAAUAAAAAUUAUUAAGACAACUCAAUCUUUAUAAAAGCCUUGAAUUCACCAUCACCCCAGCUUCUCUCUCCUUUGCUCCUGUUAGCUAGUUUAACUCAAUUUAAUUUUCAUUUAUAUUUAUUUUUUGUUAGCUGUAAUUCAUCUAGCUAUUAGCCUCCAAGCAGCAGGCAAAAAUAACACACUCUCUUUUUUUUUUUUUUCCUUUCUUUCUCUCUCUUCUCCCCACCACCACCCUUUCUCUCUCAUCUCAUUCAUCAUCUUAUACUUAUACUAAACUACUAAAUUUGAUACAAAGAUCAUCUCAUCAUAAUACAUGCUGGGGACCUCAAGCUUAAUAGGAAGCUCCGGUGACGGCGGAGGUGGUGGUGGUGGUUCGGCACAUGAAUCCGAAGGCGGGCCUGGUGAAGGUGUCGUGAGGCCGUCACCGGAAGCCUCAAUUAUGGCCACUGGGAUGGAAGAUGAGGAGAAGACUCAAAGCGGAAGCGGUAUCGGUAUCGGAGGUGGUGGUAGUGGGGAUUUAUUUGAAAAUGACCGGAGCACGGGCGGUAACCGUUGGCCUCGGCAAGAAACUAUUGCUUUGCUUAAGAUAAGGUCUGAUAUGGAUGUUAUUUUUCGUGAUUCCUCCCUCAAAGGUCCGUUGUGGGAAGAAGUUUCCAGAAAGAUGGCGGAACUUGGAUAUCAUCGAAGCGCAAAGAAGUGCAAAGAGAAGUUUGAGAAUGUAUACAAGUAUCACAAGAGAACGAAAGACGGGAGAACCGGUAAGGCGGACGGUAAGACGUAUCGAUUUUUCGAGCAAUUAGAGGCGUUAGAACAACACCAUUUAUCAAUGACAACGUCUUCAGCACUACCACCUUUGCCACAACCAGUUGGUCAAGCAACAACACCACAGCAACAACGUGGUCAAUCGCAAGGGCCGGCGCAAGCGGCGGUACCGGUCACAAUGGUAAUACCAGCUGGUACUAAUCCAGCUAGUGUUACUGUUCCAUCAAGCCCCCAUCCAAUAAGUGUAGUUCACACUACUUGUAUUAGUCCACUGCCUCAUCAUCAACAACAACAACAAAUGAAUGUUAAUAACCCUACAAAUCAGGCAUCACAAUUGCAACCGCAGCAGCAGCCGCAACCGCAGGUGAUACAUCAUCAGAGUCAGAAUCAGAAUCAGCACCAGCAUCAGCAGCAGCACCAGCAGACAAUGGGGAUCCCGACUCAUGGAUCGAUCCAGAUGGAGAAUCCGUCUUCCCCAUCGGCUACUCAAUCUUCGUCUUCAUCCACAUCGUCGGAUGAGGAGCUAAUGGGGAGGAGGAAGAGGAAGAGGAAAUGGAAGGAUUUCUUUGAGAAGUUGAUGAAGGAAGUGAUUGAUAAGCAAGAGGAGUUACAGAAGAGGUUUCUCGAGGCGGUUGAGAAACGGGAGCAUGAUAGGGUGGCUAGAGAGGAAGCGUGGAAGUUACAAGAGAUGGCUAGAUUGAAUCGGGAACAUGAUUUUCUUGUUCAAGAACGGUCUAUGGCUGCGGCGAAAGAUGCCGCUCUUAUCUCUUUCCUUCAAAAGCUUUCUGACCAGCAGCAAAUUCCGCUGCCCUUACCGGUCCAAUCCCAAACUCAACCACAAGCUCAAACCCAACCUCAAGGCGGUCAGGUUCGUGCUACCGUUCCAGUUGUUAGUCCUACCCCCGUGUCACAACCACAGCCGCAACCACAACCACAACCAACACAACAAGUGUUGCAACAAACGCAAUCACAGCCACAACCUCAACCACAACCACAAGUUCAUGUACCUGAAAGUCAAGUAUCAUUGGCAUCGCCAACGCAACCACGACCACAAACCCAAACAAUAGCACAGUUGCCUCAGCAACCACCACCUCAGCUACAACAAGCAUUGGUGGUGGCCAAUACAAACAAUGGCGGCGACAACAGUGACUUCCAGAAGUCGAGCAAUGGGGAGAAUCUCCUUCAAGCAAGUUCAUCAAGAUGGCCUAAAGCCGAAGUACAAGCAUUGAUCAAUCUCCGUACCAACCUUGAUCAAAAAUACCAAGAGAACGGGCCGAAAGGCCCGCUCUGGGAAGAGAUCUCGGCAGCCAUGCGAAAACUCGGGUACAACCGAAACGCCAAAAGAUGUAAGGAAAAGUGGGAAAACAUCAACAAGUACUUCAAGAAAGUGAAGGAGAGUAACAAGAAACGACCCGAGGACUCGAAAACAUGUCCGUACUUUCAUCAAUUAGACGCCCUCUACCGCGGGCGCAGCAAAAUGGAAAUCAAUCCAGCGACCACCAAUGCCACACCAUUGACAACCUAUGGGCAAGCACAGCAGCAGCCGGCCACAACAAUGGCGCCUAUCAUGGCACAACCCGAACAGCAAUGGCCGCUUCAAAGCCACCAGGAUCAAGCAAUGGAGGAUCAAGGGAGUGAAAAUCAAGACGAAAGCGAGGACGACAUGGAUGAUGAGGACGAUGAUGAUCAAGGAAGUGGUGGGUAUGAGAUAGUGGCGAAUAAUAAUGUUAAUGCAGGUUCAAUGACCACCUCAACUACCGCCACUCGAACCGCCGCAACAGCUGAGUGAGUGAUGAAAUACAUGGUAUAGCAUUCAAGAGAAGUUGAGAAAUGAGAUAGAAAAAAAUAAAAUUAAAAUUAAAAUUUGGGAACUGGUUGUUGGGAAGCAUGAAAAUAUGGGGAUUUUUUUUAUUUUUCUUUGGGGAUAAUUUUUAUUUUGGGUUGGGCUUUGAAAUCAAGAGGGGAUUAAAAAAAAAAAUUAUACAUAUAUGUUCGUUUAUGGGUGUUAGUGACACUUGAGUUGAUAAUCUUUAUCAUGUAACAUCCAAGUGGGUCAGAUCAUGGAAGAAAGGAAGACCUCGACAGGAGACGAAGCAGGUUUGGUUAAGUCGGGUCGGGUUUCAUCUCAGGCAAACGGGUCGGGCCGGAGCAAUUGUCAAAAAGGGGGCAAGACUCAUGAAAUACCGUGUAAGCUAUUAUUUUUGGGGGACAGUAAUUUUUUUUUUUUUUUUUUUUGGUUCUUUGUUUAAAUUUUGAUAAUUUAUUUAUUGUUUUGCUAAAUAAAUAAAAUGGGGAGGAAGAGAGGGAAAAUAGAAUGAAGAUUUGUUUGUGGGGAUAAAAAAAAAAAAGGGGGUAUAUGGGUAAAAAAUAGGAAUUUAAUGGAAUAAAGAGACUACUAGAGAGUACUCCUUGUGUUUUUCUUUCAAUAUAUUUUUUUUUCUUAUCGCAUUUUCAAUUUUUAUUGAUUAAAUUGUGGGGGUGUAUAAACGUGUAAUCCCAGUUAAUUUACUAGUACUUUAUCUUAUUAUCAAAUAAACUAAAUUGUUACACUA